AUGGCCUCAAGUAGCAGAAUGGCGCUUCGUCGCUUACCUCUUUCCGCCCGCAUCUCUAGCCCUGCGGUUCUCAGGACUGCUCCUCUGAAGAGCAUCUCCCAGGCUUCUGUACGCUCAUACUCUCGCCUUUCGCAGGCAUCAAACAGCGGUCUUUUGAGCGCCACCAGCAGGAAACCCCAGCAGUUCGUUGAAAUUGCGUCGUUCUACAAUGUCCAGACUCGUUCCUACGCCGACAAGGUCGUAAAGGUCCCUCAGAUGGCCGAGUCGAUAUCAGAAGGAACUCUGAAACAGUGGACAAAGAAGGUUGGCGACUUCGUUGAACAGGACGAGGAAAUCGCGACCAUCGAGACCGACAAGAUUGACGUAGCAGUCAACGCUCCCGAAGCCGGUACCAUUCUCGAGUUGUUUGCCCAGGAGGAGGAUACCGUCAUUGUUGGACAGGACUUGUUGAAGUUGGAGUUGGGUGGCGCACCCCCAGAAAAUGCUGAGAAGGAGGCCCCCGCAAAGGAAGAGCCUAAAGCCCCUGCCGAUUCAAAGCAGGAGCCUGGAUCAAAGGCUGCCCCCCCAAGGAGGAGCAAGGAGGAGCCAAAGCCAGCAUCACCAAAGCAACAGAGCUCAAACGAGCCAUUUGGUCAGCGUGAAGAGCGCCGUGUAAAAAUGAACCGCAUGCGUCUCAGGAUCGCUGAGCGCCUAAAGCAGUCUCAGAACACCGCCGCCUCGUUGACCACCUUCAACGAGGUUGAUAUGUCCGCCCUCAUGGACAUGCGCAAGAGCUACAAGGAUACCGUCCUUAAGAAGACUGGUGUCAAGCUCGGAUUCAUGUCCGCAUUCACCCACGCUUGUAUCCUUGCCAUGAAGGAUGUCCCGGCCGUUAACGCAUCCAUUGAGGGACCUAACGGAGGAGACACCAUCGUCUACAGGGACUACGUCGACGUUUCUGUCGCUGUUGCAACUGAGAAGGGUCUCGUUACCCCCGUUGUUAGGAACGCUGAGGGACUUGACUUCAUUGGUAUCGAGAAGGCGAUCGCUGAGCUUGGACAGAAGGCGAGGGACAAUAAGUUGACCAUUGAGGACAUGGCUGGUGGAACUUUCACCAUCAGCAACGGUGGUGUCUUUGGUUCGUUGAUGGGCACACCUAUCAUCAACUUGCCCCAGACUGCUGUGCUUGGUCUGCAUGCCAUCAAGGACAGGCCGGUUGCCGUUAACGGCAAGGUUGAGAUUAGACCUAUGAUGUACCUUGCCCUCACAUACGACCAUCGUCUCCUUGAUGGACGUGAAGCCGUGACAUUCUUGGUCAAGGUGAAGGAGUACAUUGAGGACCCUAGACGCAUGCUGUUGGCUUAG